AUCUAGGUAGGUACGAUAGGUAAUGUAAGAGGUACCUUACCUUACGGUAUUCUGUUACUGCUGGGUUAGGUACCUCUUACUGCUACGAGUACCCUUAUAAACAAACCACCGAUAUGCGUAUAGACCUCUGGACCCGCCUAAGCUAGACGACCCCAACCUUACCUAAAAUGGUCCAAAGCGACAAACUCCACGAACAAGGUCUCCCUCAUUGUUUUGCGCGUGAGGUCUACGAUUUUACUCCGGACCACAUAGCCACGUCUCUCUCUCGGUCCUCCCUCCCAGCCAAACGAGGCGACCCAUCCAUAUCAGCAGCCUGCGUCUCGAAACCGGUGCGACACACGACGUCGUUUGGGCUUCCUGUCUUUUCGACACUGCCCGUCACCGCAUCCUCCUAUGCUUCCGUAUUCCUACAUCCAGCAGAAAUUUCUCGGUCAUUCUUAGCGCAAUCUAUCCAUCUACCACAUGCAAACCCAUCUCGCCCGCAACGCCUUCCGUGCCCAACAUGACGGCGUUGACUUCAGCUCAGAUCGAGCUCGCCAAUUCUCUGACCCCGGCCGAGCUGCCUACGAAGCUGCGAUGUGCCGUCUGCAGUAAGUUGGCCAUAAACGCUUUCAGGUUACCCUGCUGCGAGACCGCCAUAUGCGAAAAAUGUCAAUCCACGCUACCCUCUGCCUGCCCCGUCUGCGAGCAUUCUCCCGUCUCGGGAUCCGACUGCACCGUCUACAAGUCCCUCAGGACUACCAUCAGGGUCUUUUUGAAGACCGAAGAGAAGAAGCGCGAGGCUGCCCGCCCCAAGACUAACGGUUCAACACCAACGACCCCUAUACAAGACACGCCGACCACCCAGAUACGCGUCCCUGCGGAGCCGCAUCCUCCAGAAGCUGCGACAACCACCCAGGACGGCCCCGAGCUUCAAGCUGUAGAAGCCUCCGCACCUUCUGCCCCGGCCGAUUCGGAAGAGCCCAAGGCUACCGAUUCUAAGCCAAAGUUUGAUGCUCUACCUAAACAGGACUCGCAUGUAAACGGGCAGCGCCGGGAUCCCCUCCCGGACGAAGGAGAUUCUCAAGCCAUCGUUCCCGGAGGACGAGAAGGCCAAGGUGAGGCAAACUCGGAAGAAACGGGAGAGGAUGGUCAAGGUGGGAAUGACAAGGAUCAGCUAGCACAGCCCGGGAUGGGCGUUGGCUUCGACUCGGUAAAUGGUGGUUUCAACAUGAACUUCGGCAACGGGGACAUGAACCAGAUGCAGAUGAUGCUGGCCAUACAAAGUGGAAUGAACCCGGCCGCUUUCGGCUCCUUUCCCAUGAUGGGAAUGAUGGAUCCGAUGACGAUGCAGAAUAUGAUGAUGAACGGUGGCUUUGGUUCGCAAGGCAUGGGCAUGAACGGCAUGAACAUGAAUAUGGGCAUGAAUGGGUUCAAUGGUGGCGGCAAUGACUGGAACGGACAGCAAUCAUGGAACGUCGGCCAAGAUAAUUUCAAUCCAAAUGCUCCUGGAAUGGGAAAUGGUGACUUUGGCAACUUUAACUCAGGUUUCCGUACAGGCUUUUCUUCAGGUAAUUAUGGUCACCACAACCAAUUCAAUGAUUACCGUCGAGGUAACUAUGGUUACCGAGGAAGAGGCCGUGGCAGAGGCUUCAACAACGGAGGCUAUGGUCGCGGGUACCAUCAAGGAUAUAACAACCACCUAAACGCAGGCUGGGCUGAGCAAGGCCCCCAAUUCUCGGCCGACAGAGACGUCCCGACAGCACCGGACGGCUCCCAGGCACCAGGACAAGACUCUAGCAGCGUGGACGAAUUUGGCCGGGUCGCGCGACCGGGAUCGGACCAGGACGGACAGCCGGUCGAGGAAAAUGGGAACCCAGAACCGGGAGGUAGCCAGGAUCGUGCUAUCGCUGACGGAUCCGAUAAGCCAACGCCAGAGAACCCGCGACAGGUUCCCCAGGAAGAAAGAUCGCAGUCUGCGCAGGGCGAUCCUGCAAGUAACCAGGGUGACGUAUCUUCUUCUUCUGCUAGAGAUCCACAAUCGGGGCCUCGGGGUCUCUCCCGUGGACCUGCUGGUCCGACACAUCCCCAACCCGCGGUCCCGGAUGUGCCAUUGAAUGCGCCGACGGGCCCCAAGGCCAUGCGCCAGGGUCUCCCUAACACUAGUCUUCACCACUUAAGAGCACGUGGCUACAUCACUGAUGAGAGAAACCCGAGUCCGCGUGCUAAUGCGGUCCCGGUAGUGGCAAGCCCGUUGGAAGAUAGGCCAAAGUCGCGGAGUAGUUCUCCGCAUUCGUCUAAAGAUAAGGAUCGGCGUCAUCGUGAACGUGACCGAGAGCGUGAUGAUGAGGACAAAAGCCGGGGGCGUCAUCGUGAUAAAGAUCGUGACCGUUCUAGGACAUAUACCAUCUCCAAGAGUCGGACGCGGAGCCGGAGCCGCAGCCGCGGUGAUCGUAAGGAGACUCGCAGGCACAGGCGACAUCGAUCCCCAUCCGUGUCGGGUGACGAACGUGACGGUAACCGCCGCCGCCGCAAACAUAGGAGCAGAAAGCAAUCGACUAGAGACGAUGACGACUACAAAGGUCGGGCUAGAGAGGGGAAGUACGAGGAACGUGCUAGGUCUGCUUCUCCUGUCGACCGUGAACAGAGGCAUCUAAGUCAUCGGAGUCGCCGCGACCGCGAGGAGAAGCGGCGAGAUCGCGAGAAGGAAGUUGACAAGGACAGCGAUUACGAUCGGCAUCGGAAGUCUACCCAUCGUCCUCACCGGGACCGCGACCAGGACCGCGAGAGAGAUCCAGAGCGAGAGAGGGACCGGGACCGGGACCGCGCUCGCGACCACGACGAAGAUCGCCGCCACCGCAGCACUAAGAGCUCUACCGCGCUGCCGACUCCGACAGAGCCUGCAGAGAAAAGCUUCAACCCCCCGGCCGGACCCAGGGGGAGCUUUUCAAUCAAGGGAGCUAGCAACAAAUCGGCGCCGCCCGGGCUCGAGAUCAAGGGCGUCAGUAGCAAACCCUCCAACUCGAACAGGCGCGAGAGCGAAUCGUCUGCCGCCGGCCCGAGGUCAGCCCCUCCCCCGGCCACCAAGGAUCCGCACACGCUGGAGCGCGAGGCUCGAGACCGCGAGCGCCUCCUAAAGGAGGCACAGCGAUUAGCAAGUCGCACAGGGGUGAAGCGUGGCCGCGAAGGCGGCGACGACCGCAGCGGUCGCAGAAAGAGCCGUCGUAGCGAAGCCGUCAAGACGGAGGACGAGGAAGAGCGCAUGAGGCGCCUCGAAGCGGAGCGAGAGGGCCGUCGCUGGGAUUGAGAAACGCAACCACGGCGUUACCGCUUUGUAUGAGAAGGUUGUCUAUCUAACCGAGACCUACGGUCGCCGGUAUAGCGCUCCCCAAAGUUGGCCGUUCAACAACCUAACUGGUAUGUGAAAGCGUUAAGAUCAGCUCAGGCUUGGGUCCGCAUCUUGGUCCCGGCCCGGGGUCGGAACUCUGAACGGCACUAUCUUUUUUUCUUUUCUUUUUCUGCCGUAUACUGGCCACAUCUAUCCAUUUUUGACUCUGGGGACGGGGAGGUAAAAGGGAUGCACCGAAGGUUGUGGCAUUAUUUUACAAGAGAAAUAGGGCGAAGAGGAUUUAUUACAGAGCUAGGCGCGACUCAGCUGGCCCCGGGGCAGGGCAAACCUUUGGGCUGAGAGCCGAUAGGAGUCAACCCGUCUGGUAAUAGAGCUACGGAAUGCACUCGAUUUUCGUGAAU